AUGGGCUGCUGUAACAGAAGGUGCGGGCUGAUAGCCGGAGCUGUGUUUGGGGCGGUGGUAGCCAUCCUGGGAGGCGUCCUUAUCCCACUGGGGAACAGCGUCAUUCAGGGGACAGUGGAGAAGGAAGCAGUCAUUGAGCCUGGAACGACAGCUUAUGACAACUGGGUGUCCACAGGGGCAAAGGUGUACAGGCAGUUCUGGUUCUUUGACGUGCAGAACGCUCAGGAGGUUUUGCAGAAAGGAGCAAAUCCGGUGGUUGUGGAAAAAGGACCCUACACUUACAGGACAAGAUAUUUACCCAAAGACAACGUCACGUUCAACUCCAAUCACACCGUCUCCUUCCUGCUGCCCAUGGGCGCCAUCUUUGAGCCGGCCAUGUCAGUGGGACCAGAAGAUGACAAAGUCACCUCUCUCAACCUGGCUGUGGCUGGAGCUUAUUCGCUUCUUCCAGAAGUGCUUCAUAGUGUGCUGGAGGCUAUGAUAAAGGCGAGCAAAUCCUCCUUGUUCCAGCAACGUACAGUCAGCGAAAUGCUGUGGGGUUACACAGACCCCAUGUUGAAAGGAACUGUGGGCCUGUUUGCACCUUACAAUGGUACCUAUGACGGCUACUACAAUGUGUACACUGGGGCGGACGACAUCUCAAAAGUGGGAAUAAUUGACAGAUGGCGAGGAGAGAGGAGCUUAAGUUUCUGGGAAAACAAGUACUGUGACAUGAUCAACGGGACAGAUGCGUCCUCAUUUCCUCCCUUUGUGGACAAAAAGAAGCCUAUCUAUUUCUUCUCAUCCGACAUCUGCAGGUCUGUGUCAGCUAGCUUUGAGGAGAGCCUGAAUCUGAAAGGGAUUGAAGUGUACCGCUACGCCCUCCAGCCGAACACCCUGGCCUCCCCGACAGUUAACCCCGAUAACAAAUGCUUCUGCAGAAACCUAAAGACAACCAAGAACUGCACCAUGGCUGGAGUCCUGGACAUCAGCUCCUGUCAAGACGGAAAGCCGAUCUACAUCUCUCUGCCUCACUUCCUCCAUGGCAGUCAAUCCCUACGAGAGGACGUGUUGGGCCUCAAUCCCAGCGAGGAGCACCAUGCCACCUACCUGGAUGUGGAACCUACAACCGGGUUCACCUUGAGGUUUGCAAAGAGAAUUCAAGUGAAUAUGAUGUAUGGACCAUCAAAGGUCAUCACGGUGCUUAAGAAAGUCAAGGAUUAUACCAUAUUCCCCCUUGUUUGGCUGAACGAGACGGCUAUGCUGGAUGACGAAACGGCCGACAGGUUCAAGAAGGAGCUCGUCUCCCGUAUCCAGAUGUUGGAGAUAAUACAGAAUGUGCUGCUGGGCACGGGCCUGAGCAUCUUCGCCCUGUGUCUCAUCGGCUACUGCGUGGUGCGGGGGAGAAAUAACCAAAGCAAGCUGGUGUGAAUGAAUCGCGCAGAAGUGUCUGGUGUGUGUGAGUCGCAGAGCACAAUGCAUUAAGCUGCUACAGGACAUCAGACCUUUUGAUAUAGACUUGCACUUUUUUGUAAUUUCAGUGUUAUUUAUAAUGUCGUACUUCCUUUGAUACCAGGGGGGGAAUACUGUGAUUUUUUCGCAAAGCUCAGGAGCUUUGCUAUAAGUAUUAUUUCAAUUGCAAACACUGUAACGUAAACUCAAUCAGGGAUCUUUAGACGGAGAGCGGAUGGAGACUCCACUUAACCGUCAGGUUAUUAAUCCGCACUGAGGACAGAUGGGUCUGUUUGACGUCCUAUUAAAGAAAUGUACUAAUCUUUCGCAAAUGUUCGUAUCCUUUGCUGAACUAGUUUCUUGGAAAUGAAUAAAAGCUGAAAAGAAGUUUCUCAUUGGGUGUUCUUUUAAAUUUUUCCUACAGUCUAUCAAAAUUGGUAUCCCUUCGGCCCAAAAUUCAGCGGAGACUGUCCAGCUGCUGAAACAAACCUCCACAUUGUGCAAAAAUUACAUGGCUUCCUCUUUACCUUGAGUGGUCCAUAAAUCAAAAUGAGUAAUAAAAAUGAGUUAGGGGACGAUUAUACGGCGGUUUUGAAUGGUACUUGGGUUUGUUUGGUGAGAAAGCAGUAUUUCUGCCCCGCAGGAGGCCUCUCUUCAGUUUUAUGGGUUUUAAAUGACCCUUUGCAGCCUCCUGGGGGUCUUUGAUUCAACUGUUGGGUCUGAGUUUUACAUGUCGCAACUAUAAUGGAGUGUUUCAUUUAGAAUUAGACGCCUCCUCCGUGAUUUGG